GAACACUUAACAAGUACAACACAUGAACAUUAGAGGUUUUUGGAGGCUGAAUCAAACGAGGCCUCAAAAAUCAAACUCAAUCCCACGUUUUUUUUGGUGUUCUCUUUUUCAAUGCUCGUAAACAUCCGAAGAACGACCGUUCCAAUCAUCACGAAAAACCCUUCUUUUUCUAUUCCUCUUCUCCUUCUUCACUCACUGAAACACCCCAAAACCCCAACCUUAAACCCUCCAAAACCCCUCUCCAAACCCCAGCUCGAAGAUCUGGUCCUCACCCGUUUUUCCCACGGCAAGUUCUCCGACCUCGUAAAAAACGUCGUCGCUUUGCCCUCCGUCCUCCUCACCGCCGGCCAAAACCUCGUACCCAACAAUGGCGCCCCAAAAACCGAGCUCCCCAAGAGGUUCUCCGUUGAGGAAAUGGGUCGGGAGAUCUCCGAAAACCGGUUCGGUUUCGUCGAGGCUUGCUGCGUCAAAAUGGCGGCUUCGGCGGACAAAGGUGAGUUUUUGAUAUUGCCCAACUUGAAAUUAAAGGUUUUUAUUGAAGCCAUUAGGAUGGUUUUUGAGAUUGUGUAUGAUGAGAGGUUUGUGACGUUUUCUUAUGGUGGGCGUGUUGGUAUGGGAAGGCAUACGGCCAUUAGGUAUCUCAAGAAUUCUGUGGAAAAUCCCGCUUGGUGGUUUAGUGUUGGCUUUAGUAGGGAAAAGUUUGGUGGUCAACAUGUUGAUAAGUUGUGUUUGUUUAUAGAAGAGAAAAUCGAUGAUAAAGUGUUGAUUGAUAUUGUAAAGAGGUUGUUUGAGAUUGGGGUUGUGCAAAUUGAAUUAGGUGGAUGUUAUUUUGGAAGAGGGUUUCCUCAAGAAAGUAGAUUAAGUUCAAUUUUGGUUAAUGUUUACUUUGAUGGAUUUGAUAGAGAACUUCAAGAAAUGAGGCUUAGGAAGAAGCAAGAAAAUCCCAAAUUUGAACCGAACCAACUUGUUUCCGAGGAUGGUGUUUUCUAUAAGCCAGUGAAGAUAUAUGCAGUUAGGUACUUGGAUGAGAUACUAGUUACAACUUCCGGGUCGAAGAUGUUGACAAUGGAUUUGAAGAAUUGGGUGGUGAAAUACUUGGAAGGGAGAUUGGAAUUGAAGGUUGAUAGAGUAAAGACGGCGAUUCAUAGUGCGGUGUCUGAGAAGAUUGAUUUUAUGGGAAUGGAACUACAGGCAGUUCUGCCUUCGGUUUUACGUCCUCCUAUGUCAGAGAAAGCGCUUAGAGCACGGAAAAAGUACCUUAGACAAAAGGAAGUUAGGGCUUUAGAGUUAAAGAAUGCCAGAGAGAGGAAUAGAAAGAAAUUGGGUUUGAAGAUAUUUGGUCAUUUGUUUAAAAAGUUCAAGCAAAGCGAUGGCUUCAAAUUUGAACACCAAAUUGAAAAUGAAGUAAGAAAAAUGUUCAGCACUUGGGCUGAUGAAGUAGUGAAGGAGUUCUUUGGGUCAUUGGAAGAGCGUUGGGAUUGGCACCGGAAAUUAUCGGCAGGGCAUUUUCUUUCUUUGAGACACAUUAGAGAACAAUUACCUCAGGAUCUUGUUGAUUCUUAUGAUAACUUCCAAGAGCAAGUGGACAAGCAUUUAAGUCCUGUCAAAGCUAGAAAGGCAUUGGAAGAAGAAGAAAAGAGGAUGGAGGAAGAAGAGGAGCGGAAAUAUGCUAAGAGAACAGUUGAGGACCUAACGAGGCUAUGUAUGAAAGUUGAUGCGCCCAUAGAACUUGUUAGGAAGGCAGUUAGGCUGGUUGGAUUUACAAAUCACAUGGGACGGCCGAGGCCAAUCAGUUUACUCACUGCUCUUGAAGAUGCUGAUAUUGUUAAGUGGUACGCAGGUGUUGGAAGAAGGUGGCUUGAUUUCUUCUGCUGCUGUCAUAACUUCAAGAUGGUUAAAACUAUUGUAAGUUAUCAUUUGAGAUUCUCCUGUAUCUUGACAUUAGCAGAAAAGCACGAAACCACCAAACGUGAAUCGAUUAAGCAUUACAGUAAAGAUUUGAAGAUCUUCGACAUGUGUGGAAACGGAGAAGUGCACUUCCCCACAGAGAGGGAUGUAAAGAUGAUGGGAGAUAUGAACCUUUCUGAUCCGAAACAUGUGGAUGGUGCUUUGUCUUUGGCUUUGAUUAGAUUGGCUUCUGACGAGCCUCCAUAUUCUUGUGUUGCUCAUUUCUGCGAGAGAACUGAUACUACUGUUUAUCGACUAAGGUUGAUGCAAAAACUGCUGAAUGUGAACCCACUGGACGAAGAGAAAUGGGUGCGGGGAAUGGGUGCUAUUCAUGAUAGCCUCAAUCUGAAAUGCCUUCCUCUCUGUCCUGAUCACAUACAUGAUUUGUACAUGGGAAAAAUCACCCUUCAGGACAUUGAUUGUACCUCAUUCCUGGAUGUGGACUGAUGGUGUUUCAUUUUAUUAUUUGGUUCUGUUAUUGCUUACUGUUGAUACAUUAGACAGCAAAUUUAUCAAAGAAAUACAAAGAAACUUUCGAGGGUAAUUCUUUUUCAUCCCAAUUUACUCUAGGUUGGUC